AUGUCAAAUUCAAAUGGUAAAACAUCAUCAAUUCGUGACAAUAAAGUCGUUAAAGAAACGAUGGUGGCACUCUAUUCGGAUAGAGAUGAAACUGGAGAUGUGACGUUCAUCGUUGAAUCGGAGUCAAUUCGUGCGCAUCGAUGUGUUUUAGCUGCAAUUAGUCCAAAAUACAAGGCUCAGUUCUACGGUGGUCAUCCAGAUGAAGGUGAAAUUCACGUGGCCGACGUAUCGGCAGCCGCUUUCAAUGAGUUUUUACAGUUUUUCUAUUUGAAAAAAGUGAUUUUGAAUACGAAAAAUAUCGAGGGAGUCUUAAAUUUGGCCAAGCAAUCGCUCGUCGACGCCUUUGUUACCGAAUGUAUUGAUUUCCUCAUGGAAGUGGUGAAUGUGGAUAACUUGUGCUGGGCUUAUGGAUUGGCAAUUUUGUAUGAUAUCAAAAAGCUAAAGGAUCAUUGUGAACCACAAAUCAGCGCCGAUACUAAGAAAGUGUUUGCGAGUGAGGACUUCAUCAACUGUGAUCACGAUUUGCUUAUUCAUAUAUUGAAACUGGAUACGAUGGACUGCAAAGAGACCGAAGUAUUUGAUGCCUGCAUCGCAUGGGCGAAAUCAAAAUGUAGACAAGAAGACAUGGAUAGUGAGGAUAUAGGAAAUUUGCGUGCAAAACUAAUCAUGGCAAUCAAACAUAUCCGAUUCAGAUCGAUAACUGCCGAAGAAUUUGAUGAAAUUCAUAGCAAGUAUGGAGGGUUUUUCACGGCUGAAGAAUCAAAAGAAAUUUACCAGAUAAUUCGUGGAGUCAAGAAUAUUAAAACGCGACGAUUCAACCGAACAUCACGACAAAGUGAUAAAGACUGUGCGAGGACUAGAAUACAUAGAGCUAGGCGGAGAACGUUCCGUUUUUAA